CGCAAACCCCUCUGCUCACCCGUUUCCGAUCAACAGGCUUCUAGCCGAGUGAUCGGCAGCCUUUCUCUGCGUAGCUGCCGGCGUUGCCACCGGCAUGGACCGGCUGCAGCGGAUGCUGGGCGCGGGGGGGAUGGGGGGGCCCGGGGCGGGCGUGGGCGACGCCCCCCAGCAAGACACCAGCGAGCAGAUAUACAUCUCCUCCCUGGCCCUCCUCAAGAUGCUCAAGCACGGCCGGGCGGGCGUGCCGCUGGAGGUGAUGGGCCUGAUGCUGGGCGAGUUUGUGGACGAGUACACGGUCAAGGUGGUGGACGUGUUUGCCAUGCCCCAGAGCGGCACGGGCGUGUCUGUAGAGGCCGUGGACCCCGUGUUCCAGACAAAAAUGCUUGACAUGCUCAAGCAAGUGGGCAGGCCGGAGAUGGUGGUGGGCUGGUACCACAGCCACCCCGGCUUUGGCUGCUGGCUGUCAGGCGUGGAUGUUAACACGCAGCAGUCCUUCGAGGCACUCAACCAGCGGGCGGUGGCAGUCGUGGUGGACCCCAUACAGUCGGUGAAGGGCAAGGUGGUGAUAGACGCGUUCCGCUGCAUCAGCCCCCAGACCAUGAUGCUUGGGCAGGAGCCGCGGCAGACCACAUCCAAUGUGGGCCACCUCAAUAAGCCCUCCAUCCAGGCCCUCAUCCACGGCCUCAACCGCCACUACUACUCCAUUGCCAUCAACUACCGCAAGACGCCGCUGGAGGAGCGCAUGCUGGGCAACCUGCAGAAGCACACGUGGACCAAGGGCCUCACGCUGCGCAACUUUGAGGACCACAGCAAGCAGAAUGAAAAGAUGGUGGCGGAAAUCAAGGAGCUGUCCAGCAAGUACGACAAGGCGGUGGUGGAGGAGGAGGACAUUCCCCUGGAGCAGCGGGCGGUGGCCAGGGCAGGCAAGAUGGAUGCCAAGAAGCGGCUGGAGGGCGACGUGCAGGCACUGAUGAGCGCCAACAUCGUGCAGUGCAUGGGCUCCAUGCUCGACACUAUCGUGUUCUGAGGGGCCCAGGGGGCCACUCUGAGCAGUGCUCAUGCGCUGCUGUGCCGCACAAGGCGGCUUCCGCGGCGUUUGUAUCUAACGCUGCGGCGGCACAGCCGUGGGGAGAUGCGCGGUGUGCCGCUCUGGUUGGCUGCGCCAGACUCCUGUUGCCCUCGCUGCUGCGGCUGGUGGCGUGGUGUAAAAAGUAGACUUGC